UCAGAGCACCCAAGCAAUGCUGGGUAAGACUGUGAGAGUGAGGCUGGAGCAUGAUGGCAAUGGAUGAACGGUUAGACGCUUGUAGGGGAUAUCUUAAGGAUCUCGGGCUGUGUUAAUUUUGCUCACAGUAGAACCCAGACUUCUCGAAACAGGACAAAGCAGCAAGUGUGAGGUUAUGGAUGCGCGGGUAGCCCACUGCCUGCUCCUCUGGGCUGUGCACUUCUUCCCAGCUGCAUCACGCACUGCUCUCAGGGUUCUCAGUAAAGAAUCAAAGACUGCUAAUCAGCAAGAAGACUGUAUAAAUCUUAUUCCCUGCAAAGAUAAUGGAGCUAUUUGUAUUCAGCCUUGCUCUCCCUCCUUCCAUGGGGAGACGAGCUUUGUCUGUGAAGACAGAAAGUGGCAAAUGUUCACAGAUGCCUGUGCAAACCUGGAUGUUCAGUCCCUUUUUCAGAGGAUUUCUGUGCGUGAUCUCCUUCCAAGCUCUGGAGGACAUCUUCCUUUUGUAGGGGAAGGAAAGCCAAUGUAUGGGAAGCCUGGAGAUGCAGAAAAAUAUUUUGGUUCUGAUGACCUUGGGAAUAGUAACUGCCAAGCUGAUUUUUCAUGCAUCAUCCCAGAUAUCCUGUCUUCACCAGCCAUUCCAGGAAAUAUUGCUGAUAUAGUGGAAUUGCUAAAGAAGAUUUCCCUGCUCUUAUCAGUUAAUGUUGAUAGAGGAAAAAUGCAGAGCUACAGCAGGAUAGCAAACCAUAUUCUGAACAGCUCAGUCAUUUCCAACUGGGCUUUUGUAAAGGACAGAAAUGCCAGUUCAAUAUUACUGGACUCGGUGAAUUUAUUUGCUGGGAAACUUCUUCUAAGGAAUGGGUCAGAAAGCAUACAGGAACACUUCAUCUCUACAAAAGGCUACAGUGUACAUAAGAAUAGUUCAGGAAAGAGCUUUGAUUUUUCUAUGGAGUUUAAUACCACAACCAAGAUCACCGGGCACGUGAUCAUUCCAGAAGAAGAGCUAUUGAAGUUACCCAAGACUUCCAAAGCCAUCAGCAUUGCAUUUCCAACACUUGGAGCCAUCAUAGAAACCAGCCGGUUGGACCCUGUUUCUGUGAAUGGAAUGGUGUUAUCGGUUUCUCUGCCACAAGAGCUCCGGCAUGUUUUGCUCACCUUUGAAAAGGUGAAUAAACUGGAGAAUGUUGAGGCUCAGUGUGUAGGGUGGCACUCUACUGAAAGGAGAUGGGAUAACAGGGCAUGCAAAAUGAAGUCUGACAACAUCAGCAGUGUUGUUUGCAUCUGCAAGCAUCACCAUCGGACAUUCAAAUCCUUCUCCAUUUUGAUGUCCCCCACCAUGCUACGAAAUGCAGUGCUGGAUUACAUUACACGUGUAGGGUUAGGCCUUUCCAUUUUCAGCUUAGUUCUCUGCCUUAUCAUCGAAACUGUUGUCUGGCAUCAUGUAACAAAAACUGAAAUAACUUACAUGCGCCAUUUUUGUUUGAUCAACAUUGCUACAUCGCUUCUUGUUGCGGAUGUUUUGUUCAUCUUGGCUGCUAUUGUGCACAAUACAGCUCUAAACUAUAAGUUGUGUGUAGCAGCCACUUUUUUCCUCCACUUUUUUUAUCUUGCCUUGUUUUUUUGGAUGUUUACCCUCGGUCUCUUGAUUCUCUAUGGAUUGUUACUCAUUUUUUUUAAGAUAACAAGAUCUGCAUUCAUAGCUACAGCAUUCUGUAUUGGAUACGGAUGUCCUUUGGUCAUAUCUAUCCUCACUGUUGCUAUUACAGAACCAAAAAAUGGGUAUUUAAGGAGUGGAGCCUGCUGGCUCAAUUGGUAUGAGACAAAAGCCCUUUUGGCCUUUGUUGUACCUGCCCUGAGUAUCAUUGUUGUGAAUGUGGUAGUGGUGGUAGUGGUUGUGGUGAAGACUGGGCGAUCCUCCUUUGGACAAGGCUGCAAGUCACAAGAUUUGAGCAGCAUGAUCCGAAUUAGCAAAAAUGUUGCCCUUCUGACACCUCUUCUGGGUCUUACCUGGGGGUUUGGAUUAGCAACCAUUGUCAACAGUCGCUCUCUGGCAUUCCAUGUUACAUUUGCGCUACUGAAUGCCUUCCAGGGAUUCUUCAUCCUGUUGUUCGGGACACUUCUGGACAGAAAGACGAGAGAAGCCUUGAGGAUGAGCUGCCUUUCAUCAAGGCGGAAGUGUAGUCUAGCGAAGUCCUAGCAGUGGACAAUUGUCUUCAGUGGAUUUGACCAGUAGGAGAAAAAAGGAGCACUUCUUACACAAAGAUCCUGGUUUGAGAUGAGCUGAAGUGACUGACCAGCUUGGAGCAUGGACAGCACUGUCUUGGAGCACAACCACGGGAAGCAUCUUGAAAACCAGAAGAGAAAAGGCCCUGACCCUGCUGUCAGAAGCAGGAAACCAUCAGUGUUGCUGCAACCCUUGGAGGAAACAUGCUGAUACAUAAAAGAUGUUUCUUAUCUUCAUGAAAACUGCUAUGAGAAGAGUUUGUCCUCAUUUGCAGUUCCAGUGCUUCAUUUCUUUUUUUCCCAUGUCCGUGCAGCAGGGAGCUGUACAGCAUACGGAGCUGUUCUAAAGUGAUUUAAUUUUUUAUGUGAUGUACCGAUGUUAAGCGUUAUCUAGCUGAUUUUGGCUGUGUUUGGUAAACAGUGAUUCUAUUAGGUGACACUGUUGUCAUAAUUUCCAUUUGUCUCUGCAGACUGAUGGACAACAUAACUCUAUUUCUGCAUUACAGCUGUUCUCUCCACCUCAGUUUUUGUUCUCUCUAUCUCAGAAUUUGUCUCUCAGAGGAAUUGUAAAAAGCCACUUUUUUGGCAGGACAGAAUUUUCAUUCCCUUUCCAGUCCUGCAAGACAAUGACAGAGAUAAACAAGAAAGAGCACUCUGCAAAUAAUUAGCUUCCCUCUUUAGAUGUGGGGAAGCAAGCUUUGAGUAUGCUUCAGAGUUGAAUCGAGAGGUUGUAGAUCUCCCUUGUACUGUGCAGUGUGGUAACAAAGGAAAUGGUUCAUCCAUGUGAGAUGAUGGUAUAUCUAGUUACAUUAGAAUAUCAGUCCAUGGUCUGAGAAACCCUUCCUUAAUGAAAGCUGUGAUAGAAAUGCUAUUGCCUCUUGUCAGGACAAUUCAGUGCUUACAAUGGAAAUAAAGUUCAAAUUUUGUCACUGUUUCUA